AUGCAAAGUUUAAUUGAUUCAGCAGAGCUCAUGCUCGAGAGUGGUGGCAAUGAUGGAGAAGUUUUUGAAGAUUUACGAAUCUGGCUCACCAAUGAAAGAAACUCUCCAGAAUUACUUCCCGGAGGACAACGUUUAGAGAGCAUGAUUCAACGAGCCCGAUCUCGGAUUGAAUUAGAGGAAGACUCUCUUUUAAAUUCCAAUGAAUACAGUGAAGAAUAUUCUUUGAGAGUUACGGAAUUGAAUCGACUGAAAUAUUUAGUUACUAACUUGAUGAGAACGAGAUUAAUUAAAUUGGAAUUAUUGUGUGAAUAUGUAAGAAGAAAAGAAGUGGAAAAUAUCAAUAAUAUUGGAAAUUUAUCAAUGGUGAAUGAUCGAGAGGAGGACAUUCAUGCCGCUUUGAAAAUUGUAACACCUUCAGAAUGGAAAUUUCUUCAAAAAUUUUGUAAAUUAAGGACGACCUAUUUUGAGAAUAGUUUUGUGAAUCAAUUGACAAAUCCUGAUAUGGCUUCGAAAGGCCAAGGCAAAGAUAAUAUUGUGCCGUAUAUUGAACCUGAUUGGUUUAAGUUUGUAUUUUGUGAGGUCGUUGAAGACUUGGGUACAGUCACACUCCGACCUUUCGAUGCUAGACCUGAAAAUGAAGAUGAAGAUGAGCUCGAAUUAAAUUUACCAAAAGGCACGCGCUUUUUAUUGCAAUAUCGAAUGGUGAGAGAAUUGCUUUUUGAAGGAAAAGUGAAACUGGUCUAG